GUCACGGGAUUAUCAAUUGGAAGGCGUCACAGUUCUGAGCAGUUCCCGCAGCAGGUGACCCAGCAGAGCGAAAGACAAGAUGAGGCCAUAUAUCCUCAAAACAACUGCAGGAGGAGGAGGCAGUGGUUACUCGCUCUCCUCCCCAUAAGAUCAGGAAGGAGCCCGGACUCAAGUGAUUAUUGGGAUUCCAAACCAGAAAGGGAUGAGACAACAUGGAAAGUUAUUCAACGUAUCGGUGAUGUUGCCGGCAGUGGGAGUUGGUCUUUUGGCUCUUUUUCACAGUGCAAUAACUGUGACUGCAUUGGUGGACUCUGAUGAUGUCAUCACUCGAGAUGAACAGAUCUACGUGCUGAUUGGUGCGCACGCCAAUUGUGAAAAGAGCAUCAAGGCACAAAUGGUUCUUGCACAAGAAGGUGAAUGUAUCCCCGAGUGGGACGGGAUCAUCUGCUGGCCAAGGAGCAAGUCGGGUCAGCUGGUGUCUGUUCUGUGUCCGGAGUACAUUUACGACUUUAAUCACAGAGGUCGGGCUUACCGCCAAUGUGACGCAUCUGGUAACUGGGAGCAGGUGUCCAUCAUCAACCGCACGUGGGCCAACUACAGCGAGUGCACCGCCUAUUUGUCGUCAAAUUAUAGGAACCAGGAAGAGAAGGUGUUUGAAAGACUCCAUCUCAUGUACACUGUUGGCUACUCCAUAUCUCUGGCAUCCCUGUUGGUGGCUGUCUCCAUACUCUGCUACUUCAAACGUCUCCACUGCACCCGCAACUACAUCCACGUCCACCUCUUCACCUCCUUCAUAUGUAGAGCGGUCAGCAUCUUUGUGAAGGACGCUGUGCUCUACUCAGUGACAGUUGAGAGUGAAGAAGAACCUGAGCUUGCAGGACACAAGCAGCAUAUGGCUGGCUGCAAAGUAGCCGUCACGCUCUUCCUUUAUUUCUUGGCCACCAACCAUUACUGGAUCCUGGUGGAGGGCUUAUACCUACACAGCCUUAUCUUCAUGGCUUUCCUCUCUGAUAAGAACUACCUUUGGGCCCUAACUGUCAUUGGGUGGGGUGUUCCUGCUUUAUUUGUGUCCAUUUGGGUCAGUGUGCGAGCAUCGCUGGCAGACACACAAUGCUGGGACAUCAGUGCUGGGAACCUGAAGUGGAUUUAUCAAGUUCCCAUUCUGGCGGCCAUUGUUGUGAAUUUCCUCCUCUUUGUCAACAUUAUACGUGUUCUAGCCUCCAAACUGUGGGAGACAAACACUGGCAAACUGGAUCCUCGACAACAAUACAGGAAGCUCCUCAAGUCAACCCUGGUGCUCAUGCCCUUAUUUGGAGUACACUACAUGGUCUUUAUGGCUCUUCCUUACACGGAAGUGUCGGGGCUGCUGUGGCAGGUGCAGAUGCACUACGAGAUGUUCUUCAACUCAUCACAGGGCUUCUUCGUGGCCUUUAUCUACUGCUUCUGCAACGGCGAGAUAAUCCUGUUGCAGGUGCAAGCGGAGGUAAAGAAGGCGUGGCUGAGAAGAAGUUUAGCGUUGGACCUGAAGCAAAAAGCCAGGAUAACCAGCAGUAAUGGCGGCGGCAGCUGUUACUACGGCGGCAUGAUGUCUCACACCACCACUCACAGUGUCUGCAUGUCCGCCGCACAUCCCCGAGCGUUUCCCCACGGCACCAGCAUAGGGUCCAGGCUACCUCGCCACGCCCCCCUCUACGCACAGAGCAGUCUACCCGGAUACGCGGUCAGCUAUUGUGAGACGUCGGGCCUCCAGCAGGAGAUGGCAGCAAGGAGGUCGGGAGGGAGCGAAUCCGGAGUUGUCUUUGCAAGGCAUGCAAGAGGAUGCAAGAGACAGGAGGACAAAAGCUGUGGGGCUUCAACACAGACCCCUCCGGAAGAUGAUGCAGACACCUCCUUGUCUGUUAAAGAGCUGGAAACUGCCUUGUAAGAACUUUGGGAUACCAGGAUCUUGAAUAAGGAUAGUAGGUGAAACCACACAAUCUAGUUGUAUCCAAUACAAGAAAUAUAUGUAUAUAUUUUUAAAUAUAGUCGAGGUUUCUGUGGUUUAUCCGUUAUAUAGUGCUCAAUACCGGGGUAGAGCGGAAUACAUAUUAGGUCAGGAAAAAACACAGAGGCUAUUUCAUCCCUACAAGCCUGUAGGCUUGCAGAAUUUUUUUAUUUUUAAAUGCCAUAUUUUUCCGACUAUAAGUCGCAGUUUUUUUCAUAGUUUGGCCGGGGGUGCGACUUAUACUCAGGAGCGACUUAUGUGUGAAAUUAUUAACACAUUACCGUAAAAUAUCAAAUAAUAUUAUUUAGCUCAUUCACGUAAGAGACUAGACGUAUAAGAUUUCAUCGGAUUGAGCGAUUAGAAGUGACAGAUUGUUUGGUAAACGUAUAGCAUGUUCUAUAUGUUAUAGUUAUUUGAAUGACUCUUACCAUAAUAUGUUACGUUAACAUACCAGGCACGUUCUCAGUUGGUUAUUUAUGCCUCAUAUAACGUACACUUAUUCAGCCUGUUGUUCACUAUUCUUUAUUUAUUUUAAAUUGCCUUUCAAAUGUCUAUUCUUGGUGUUGGGUUUUAUCAAAUAAAUUUCCCCAAAAAAUGCGACUUAUACUCUAGUGCGACUUAUAUGUUUUUUUUCCUUCUUUAUUAUGCAUUUUCGGCCGGUGCGACUUAUACUCCGGAGCGACUUAUACUCCGAAAAAUACGGUAUAUAAAUCAAAGGAAAAUGGAGGGGAAAAAAACAAAGAUCUGAUACAAGAAGAGGUAAAAAAAAAAUGUAUAAAGACCAAAAAAAGGGAAAAAAACGAGCCAGUACAAAGAAUGGAUGGAUGGAUGGAUGGGUUAUUAAAUUAGUAUCUAUAUAAGAAACCAAAAAUGUAUUCAAUUAUACACAAGGAGGAAAAGUAAAACACAACCUUUUUUUUUUAAAUGUUUGUCUUCUCUUAUUUAACAAUCGGUAUAUUGUAUAAUAAAUAAGGCUGUAGGGCUGCAGCUAUCGAUUAGUUUAGUAAUAGAGUAACUUGUUAAAGUACCAAUGAUUGUCACACACAUACCAAAGACUAUAAAAAUGGGACCCAUUACCUCCCUGCUUGGCACUCAGCAUCAAGGGUUGGAAUUGGGGUUUAAAUCACCAAAAAUGAUUCCCGGGUGCGGCCACCACUGCUGCUCACUGCUCCCCUCACCUCCCAGGGGGUGAUCAAGGGUGAUGGGUCAAAUGCAGAGAAUAAUUUUUAGCGGUAGUUGUCUUGAUUUUGAGAUGCACAUGGAAUGCACAAAUGUAGCUUGCAGGUAAAAGAUUAUUUAAUUACACCUGUAGUCAAACUCUAGUCUACACAAACACUCUUGUGCAGAGAUGUGCACGUAAAACAGAAUUUUGCUUCCACAAAAAACAAGGUUACACUUGCGGUAAGGUGUGCCACAGCAGUCAAUUCUCGAGCGAUGAAUAAAGCGCGAUACUGGUUUAAGAAGGUUGUGGAAUUACUAAUACAAUUCAGGUGGACCGAACAGCGCUCUGAAGCAGGGGUCAAGUUGCAUCAGGAAGGACAAAGCAAAACAGGAAAAUAAACCAAUAUAAGAGCGCUAGACCGGAACUAAAUCAUAAAAAAAACAGGAAAAUACCAACAAAGUUGUGUGACAAGUCAUGACAAAACUAUCGAUUACUAUGUUCGAUUAAUGGAGUAAUGGGAUAAAACACACUUUAUAGCCCUUAACGUGUAUUUUAGGGGAAAUAGUUGAAAUACAAAAAUAUUUUUCUGCUUCUUAUAACCUAUCUUUUUUCUAACAAAUACACAUCAACAUUGAAAUUGCAUUUUUCAAUAAAAAAAUUUACGAAAAAAAGCUUUUAUGCCGUUUGCGCCACAGAGCGCUUUAAUGUGUGCUUCAUUGCAGUGGCUAUGCGGAAACUAUGUCCAUGAAUUUAAAGAUCUGCGCGCUCCCUGUGGUCCAGGUUUUAUAAUUUUUUAUUAGUUACACUCAUUAACCGAUUAAUCGAAGACACAGUAUAUAUAUAUAUAAGCUCAAUUGAAUUGAUUAAUUGCUGCAGCCCUGUGGGGCUGUCCAAGUUAACAUGUUAACUCAUGCGAUUAAUCACAAAACAUUAUCGCAAUAAUCAUGUGUAUACGCAGAUUAACCAGACUAUUUAGUUUGAGAGGCCAUGCUUCUUUACCUUAACGGCGGAUGGUUACCUGAAAGGCAGCUAUAAAGGUUGUUAUGCGGUCAGUGAUCAAGUCAGUGCAGGGAUGAGUGAGGGGAGUUGGCUGGCAAAAUAAACCCCGGCGGGACUUUGAAUAAAAGAGCUGUUUUACAGUAAAAUUGUAUUUGUGUCAAAAUUUUUGGGUAUUUUAAAGUUAAUGCUCACAAGUAAUUUACUACGAUUAACCGCAAUUAUUCAAAUACAAAACUGCAUUUGUGUCAACAUUUUUGGGUAUUUUAAAGUUAAUGCACACAAGUAAUUUAGUACGAUUAACCGCAAUUAUUCAAAUAUAAAAUGCAGAGACGUUUAAAAUACAAAAAGGAAUUGGGGGGGAAAAAAUGAAAAAUCCUAUAUAAAAUUAUUAAUCAAUAAUUAUGUCUUCUGUCAGAAUUUCACAAUUAGCGAUGAAUGUAUAUAAACAUGGGAAAAAAAAGAAAACAGGAACAUUUCACUUUUAAAUAAACCAAGACGGGAUAAAACUGUUAGCAACGUUUGAACAGAUGAAUUAAAACAUUUAAAAAUGUUCUUGGAUGACAUUCUGACAAUUAAAUAUUGGGGUCUUUUUUUAGUGGUAAUUUAAUUCAUGCAAGCAUGCAAUCUACUGUGAAUAUUCUAAAUGCAAAAGUUUGAUUAAUCUGAUUAAAACGUUGAAUCGUUUAACGGCGCUAAUUAAUACAUUUGAAAAAAUAUCAUUGGAAUUUUUUUAUUUCAAGAAUGAUAUUCAAUAAUUGUUUUCUGUCAAAGUUUUACAAUAUGUGAAUAUAUAUAAAAAUUAAAAAUAAAAACCCACAAUUUGUAUCAUUCAUUAUUAUCAUUUAUUAUCAUUCAUUUGUUAAAUAUAGACAUGAAAAUGGGAAAAGGGGGGAAAAUGGAGAAACAUCCAUUCAAAUAAUUAUGUAAAAUUCUGUCUUGUGUCACAUAAAUAUUUCAUUAACAAUAUGUUUAUUAUUAUUGUUGUUGUGUAGUGGUGUACUGUACUACUCCAGUAUUGUAUUGGAUCUACAUAGAUUGUGUGGGUGCAUCUAAUAAGGGGGCAUACUUUCAAUUGUGUCAUCAUUUAAACUGUAUUUAAGCAAAGAUUGUAUUGUUUUCUCUUGUUUCACAUCCAUCCAUCAUUUGAAAUGGUGUGUUUUGAAGUCCCAUCCUACAUUUGGCCUUAAUAAGUAGACCAAAACUAGCUCCUCUGUUGACAUGUGAGCAUUCUUAUGAAUGUAUUGUAGUAAGUAGAGUGGUGGGCAUUACACUCCUGUUACCAAGCUCACUAUCCAAAUAUCCAAUAUUAUGCCUCUUCGCCUGCUGUGGUCAGACAGGUCUAGACGGGCAGGGUGCUCGCUUCACUGGUAGCCUUGUCUCUAUUCAUUCAUCAGCCGUGACAGGCCUUAGGGCGCUGGUGCAAAAGCUGGACAUCGCCACCUUCCUCUGAGACUUUAUAAUCUCGCAACACCAUCAUGAAUUUCACAUGUUAGCCUCAGGAAUGGACGCAGAGCUGCAGAGGCGGCACUCACGCUUGGUUAUGUGUGUGUUCUAUUUUUAUACACACACUACGAAUGCACAUUGUUGAUUGACACUGUCAGCAGAUAUAAUCAUUUGGAAAUAUGUUUAUUGUUAUAUUUGUGGUUUGCACUGCUUUUUUGCCCUCAUAGCUAAAUAAGAUCAGUAGUGUUAAGUAAGGUUGAGCGAUACUGCAAAUUAUUGUCUCGAUCCUUUUGCUUUCAAGCUCCUUGAAUGAUUUAGUGAUUUGGCUUUUAAUAUUUUGAUCAUGAUUAGAAUCAGAAUAAAACACAUGAUAAGUUUAUUAGGAAAAUAUAAAAAUGUAUCAAACUUAUUUGUAAAUAUUUUAACAGUAUAUAGAAUACGGUAUUUUCCGCACUAUAACCAAAAACAUGAAUGACUAUUAUUCAAAUACUUUUGCUUUUUGCCCACCUAUGUCUUAAUAACGUAUUUAUGGUUUGUAAAUAUAUAAAAUAUAUGUGUGAAAAUUAGAGAUAAAUGCUUUAAAAAUGUAAAAUCGGAAAUUAUCGGUAUCGGGUUUUUUUUUAUCGGUAUCGUAUUUUUUUUUUUUUUUUUUUUUUUUUAAAUCAACGUAAAAAACACAAGAUACACUUACAAUUUGUGCACCAACCCAAAAAACCUCCCUCCCCCAUUUAUAGUCAUUCACACUCAUUCACACAAAAGGGUUGUUUCUUUCUGUUAUUAAUAUUCUGGUUCCUACAUUAUAUAUCGAUAUAGAUCAAUACAGUCUGCAAGGGAUACAGUCCGUAAGCACAAAUGAUUGUGCAUGCUGCUGGUCCACUAAUAGUACUAACAUUUAACAGUUAAUUUUACUCAUUUUCAUUAAUUACUAGUUUCUAUGUAACUGUUUUUAUAUUGUUUUACUUUUUUUUUUAUUCAAGAAAAUGUUUUUAAUUUAUUUAUCUUAUUUUAUUAAUUUUUAAAAAAGGGAUCUUAUCUUCACCAUACCUGGUUGUCCAAAUUAGGUAUAAUAAUGUGUUAAUUCCACGACUGUAUAUAUCGGUAUCGGUAAUUAAAGAGUUGGAAAAUAUCGGACACCCCCAGCGUGAUGUGACCAUUUUUCAAUUAAUUUUCACUGAAAAUUAAUUGAAAAUUGGUCACAUCACGCUGGUAUCGAUCUGAUGUCGGCAUCGAUACCGGCCAUAUUUGGAUUGAUUCCCUCCAACAACAAAAAAGGAAGAUUGGUAUGACGUCAUUUAAGGCGAAGGUUCACAUUUACCUAGUAUUACUUUCACACUUGCACUUAAACAUUUAAAUUCAAAUAAACGGGUUGAAUGUCAAAAUGUUUGACCUAACACGUCAAAAUUGUACUGUAUUUAUUUUUUAGCACAUUAGCCAGUUUGCUAGCUACUUGUACUUUGAGCCAGUUAGCUGGUCACGUCGCGUGGU